AUACGUGGUCAGAUGCAGAGGUGUAGUCAUAACUAAGUUCAACCCCAUCUGUGCCAUAUAGCUGAGGAGCUGUGCUGCUGUUGACAGUUUGUUCCGAGGCUGAGGACGGCAGGCAGGAAAUAAGCUGCUGUGAUAGAUUUGAAAUAUUUGGACAGGCACAUUUAGGUAUCCAAGCACCAUGGCUGUUACGCUGUGUCAGGUGAUGGGCUUUGUGUUGGGCAUUUUGGGGGUUGCGGGGAUCGUGGCCGCUACAGCCAUGGACAUGUGGAGCACAGAGGAUCUCUACGACAACCCCGUAACGUCCGUCUACAGCUACGCAGGCCUGUGGAGGUCGUGUGUGAGGCAGAGCUCAGGCUUCACUGAGUGCCGACCCUACUUCACCAUCCUGGGGCUUCCAGCCCUGUUCCAAGGCGUGAGAGCGCUGAUGAUUGUGGCUAUCGUUCUGGGAGUAGUUGGUGUCCUCAUUGCUAUUUUUGCCCUCAAGUGCCUCAGAAUGGGCAACAUGGAGGACCGUGUGAAAGCAACCAUGACAUUAACUUCAGGGGCCAUGUUUAUCAUCGCAGGGAUCUGUGCCAUUGCUGGGGUUUCCAUCUUUGCAAAUCUUAUUGUGACCAACUUUGCUCUGACUUCUUAUACCUCACUUGGAGGUUUCGGUGGUAGUUUUGGAAGCACAGGCUUUGUUGGGUCACCCCUCACCCCGAGAUACACAUUUGGCUCUGCCUUGUUCGUUGGUUGGGUGGCUGGAGGUCUUUUGGUAGUGAGUGGAGUUUUGUUGUGCUUGGCCUGUCGAGGAAUGAUGCCUGAAAAGCGCUAUGACGGAACAUCAUACAAAGCUGCCAGUGGCAUCUACCGGUCAGAAGGCAAAUCCAAAACCUACAACGAGUCCUACAGAGCUCAGAGUAUGGAUGGCCGACACUCCACCCAGAGAUUUGACUAUGUUUAGACUUCAGUAGUGAGCCUGAAGGUUCAAACUGGGGAGUCUAACUGUGGGAGGCAAUGGUACAGCUGUAUAUUGGGAAUGCAGAAGCACACUGAGCAGUCUAAGAAUGUUCUUAGGUUGACUAAGUUUAUUACAUUUCUUUUCUUAUUAGUUUAAUACAUUUUCUUUUAAGUUUAAUAAGUUUAAUAUGUUUUUCUUUCUGUUUAUGUUUAUGUUGUCCCAUGUUUAUGUUUAAAUUUUGUAUCACUGUACUCUUUUGGUAAAAUAAAGUUACAACAUUCAGUA